CAGGACACGAAGCCUAUUUGUCUGCAAUGCAUAUUCACAAUUGACGUUGUUAUGAAGCGCUGAUGCCACCUACCAUGAGACGAAAUUUCGAAUCAAUCAGCUAGCUUUGUUCUUUUGUUCCUGGCUACACUCCUCUCUGUCUCAAUAUUUUUUUUUUACAUUUGUUCUUUUUACGCUCCCUACUGUGCCAGUCUACAUCGGUUGUCUUCCCUCUGGCAGGGUGCUAUGACCGAACAGUCUUCACUGCUCUAGUCCUAAUUUGCAGUAAAAGGCUUUAACAUGGUUGCCUUGAAGAAGCUCUUUUAUGCAGAGAAAGAUCGCAGUCCUACCCCAAUAGAUGUGCCCAAUGCUCCAAGUUCAAGGCUUGCGCGACAUGGAAGUAACGGAAGUAGCUUUGAAAAGUUCUGGAAGGAGGUCGAUCAAUGGGAUGGCCAGUUUCGUUCACCAGUGUCCACUUCCUCGUCAGAAAAAUCCGAUGCUCCCGGCACUCUGACAGCUGGGGCUCGACCCCAUGUCGACCUGUUAGAGGCCCUUUUCUCUUCCCAUCGCUACCGAAUGCAAACAAAGGCACUGUCGCCAACACUUCCAUACAAUGAAGACAUUGCAGAGCGGAACAUAAAGGGGCUGGGUCGGAAGUUGGUGAAAGCAAAUACCUACGCCCAUUCGGCAUCGUCUACCUCCCAUGAGAACGUAGCAGAAAGGAACCCUACGAGCGGCCGCAGCAGCGCGUCUUCUUGGCGUCGCGUGAGCAAUCGAUCGUCACUAGUUACCGCUGCCUUGUCGGGUGACUCGUGGCCAUCCACGAUAGAGGACAGCAAACCAAGUCCGAGCUCUCACGAACUGACAGGGAGCAAGGGCGAUGAUGUCGGGAAACUAGCGUCCAAGUCACAGGGAGAUUUACGUUCAAUAUUUGGCUCGCAGGGCCCGAGCUUUGCGCCGGGGCCUUUGCAAUCACAUCCGGUCAUACAUGCGCGAAGGUCAUCGCCAACUCUCUUAGCAUGUGAGACAGGCGUGCCUAAGGAGGCUAUGUCAAACGCUGCUGGUCGUCAUUUGGGCCCGCCCCCAGCCUAUAGGCGACGGGAUGCGCCUUUGCCAGAUAGCCCGACAUUACCAAUACAAUUAAAUCAUGGCCAAGAUCCCAAUGGUAAUGAGAUCAUACCCAGAAAUAUUCCUUACUUGUCAAUUCGGGAUUCAAAAAUGGCCAGCAGUGCUUCUUCAGUUGUGUCUUCCCGUUCUGCUGGAAGGAAGGCAAAAGAGCCUCCCGUCAAUGCAGAACUGACUCACAUGGGGAAAGAAACUACGAAGUUCGCUCUUCGGCCUAUUCCACCUCCAACCCCGGCAGAUUCUGAAAGACACAAUCUAAGUAUUGCAGAGGUUGUGAACAACCCUUCCCAGCUGCCGAGAUCCCCAUCCAACUCCCAUGUUCCUGAUUCGAUUUGUAGAAUCGAAAAGAAUAUUCAUUCGUUUAAGCAACCUUUGGUCUCCAUACAGACCGCCGAGUCAGAAGCGUCUAUCGAGAGUCUCGAGGAUACGAUCGUUAGGGAGAUCAACUCCCAUGAGGCUUUCCAACGUGUACCCUCUCCUGACACUGAGCCUCUUUUCACCCCCUCUGCAACCGAAGAUGCGUGGCCUAUUCAAGGCGAAAGGGCGCAUAGGUCAUCCAAUUCAAGGCCGGGUAGGAGCAUUUCAGUAAAAGAGAGCCAAUUGGCGAGGCUUAUUAGACGAGGUUCGCUGAGAAAGCAUGCGCGGGGACCAGAGGCAAGCAAAAGCCCAUCGACAAGCGUUCAAAUGGCAAAUCAUGGCGAGCCUGUCCGGCGGCAUAGCAGUGAAUCUAGUCGACGCAGACAUACAGAUGCGCCUUUCCCGUCCUGUGAAUUGCUCGAUUCUGUGUCAUCAACAGGUCUUCAGGGAAACAACGUCAACAGUCCAGCUCAAAGGUACUACCAUCAGGCCUCUUCUGUGUCGGUAAACCCCAGGGUGACACCAGAUUCCUUCAUCGGCAGGGUGAGUAAUUCUCGCCUCUCAGCCGAUUUUCCUUACCGCAGCGGCUCGGAGCCGCCCAGAGCACCAAACUCCAUCUAUUACAUGCGCGCACAUUCGAUGGAAACGAGCAGAGACAGCCGCGCGAGCUUUUCCACACAAGAUGAGGAUGAGGUCAUCCAACUUCCCAGUGUCGACACUCCUCGGUUGCACGUACAUGGCGUUGAUGAGAAUAAUGUGACAUAUUUCAUUGAUAACACGACGCCUGGUAAUGCUUACAGACUAAUGAAUUGGCCCCAGAGGCGCCGGGGCUCAAUCCGUCAGCAGCGAUUGGGACACAAUGGAUUUGAAUGAGACUGCCGACUCAGUCGAGGUGCCUCCACGAAAAACUUCCUAUGUAAACGAUGGAAAUUUUGUUCAUAAAUUGAUUACCGGAGUCUCUUGAGUACAUGGGCUUUUUUUUAAUGAGAGGAUAAAGUUCCCGCUACCCUUGGGAAACAGUUUACGGGAAAGUACACUAUGUACAUCAAGAUUUUGAAUGCGACGCGACAUAAUAUAUAUGGGAUUUGAAGGUUCUGAUUUUUUCAUUUAUUUUGCUCCACCUCAUAGUGCCGACGGUGUUCCUGGGUUUUAAAAUGCAUACAUUUGGAC